ACAGAACUUUGCGAUAUUUAAUACGUAUUUAACAUAUUAAUGCAAUUCUUGAAUUAACAUUAGGUAUCUUUUGCCUAUUUAUAAUAGCAACACUGUAAUACUCAUUUGGAAAAUGAGUGACAGUUCAGUUUAUUUAUGUCAAAUAAGUUUUGCAGUAAGUUUUGAUUGAAUUCGAUUCGAACACCUGUAAACUUUCUUUCUGUUGUUUUUUACCGGUGCCUGUGUAUUUACCUAUUUGCACUUUGUUUUGUGCUGAUAACUUGUCGUUAUUUAGAGUUUGGAAUCUUCCGUUGAGUCGAGCUUUGUUCUUCCGGAUAUUCGUGUGAUUUUAUCAUCUGAGAUUGGACUCUGACUGUGUUUACUGUGUUGUGCAGAUAUUUUGAGAUAGGACUCCUGUAAAAAGUACCUUAUUAUUUGAGAUAGGAGUCCCAAGUUUGUGUUUGUUUUUGUGAAAGACAGAUUUUACAACAAAAGUGCCACGAUGUCUUCAGAUAAACUUUGUUGCGUUCCUGGUUGUAAAGGCAGUGGAGGUGGCGCAUUUUCAAGCCGGCAAAGUUGCGGAUGUUGCAUGUAAUGUGACGCGGGCGCAGCGGCAUGCGACGCGAGCGCUUCCCGCGGUGUGCGGCCUCGCUGGCCGCGCUCGCGACGCUCGUCGCGCUCGCGGUAACACCGCUCUGUCUCGCUUCCACCUCCAAGGGUGGCUACUACGACCCAUGCUCAACGACAGCGGACUGCAACUUCACGGACUCAGUGUGCGAUCAGCAGCAGAAACUGUGCGUCUGCCAUCCUGACGUGCCCAUCUCCAACCACGUGGACAAGUGUGGAAAGCCUGCAUCCAUAAACGAAUCAUGCGCAUUCAACGAACAAUGCGAGGACGUGGACUUCAAGACGGAGUGCCGCAACGAGAAAUGCGUUUGCAAGUUCGAAAUGGUGCCGGAGAUGAACGCGGACGGAGUGGUCGUGUGCACGCCGGAAAAGCAGCCAGACGUGUCAACGAAGACCAUUGACCCGGCGAUGAUUGGCGUGCUGGUGGGAAUGGCUCUCAUGUUCGUCAUCAUAUGUGUUGUUCUCAGGCUGUUCAGCAGAGCAAGAUGGCGGGAAAACAGGACCAUUUUUAACACGCCCAAUCCACGACUGAUGAACGUGUCAUUAUUGAGAGACUCCAAGUUACUGCAUACCCAGGACCGUCGUGGUUCCCGAGUGAGCAUGCGACCACCUUCAAGGCAGGCCAGCCAGCAGGAACUGAGACCUCAUUCGCCGAGUCCAGCACGCCAUCAUCAAAGCCAUCAGUUACACCGAAAGUCCUCAGGAUCACGCCGUGGAUCAAGAGCGAGCAGUGGACAUUCUGCUACGUCACUAAGAUCGGCCACCCUCCGAUCACCAACAACGCCUGGUCCUACUUCAGUUACAGUAGAAAUACGUUCGCCAGAUGCAUAGAUGGUGAAGGCAAAUCGUAUAAAAAUGUGAAGGAUACUUGAAAAAGAAUGGUAUUAAAAAUAUUGGUACAAAAUAUGCUCGCUCUGAAACGCAAAGUCUGUAUCACAGCCGACACGAUUAAUGUAACAUUCAGUCCAGUUACCAUAUUUGUGAUAAUAUUAAUCAAUCGUUACAUUAAAUUAGGCUUAUAUUCAUCUAUUUACUAUUGUAUAGCAAUAUCAUGCACUGAUGUAUCUGUCAUUAUCAGCCACUUAAAAAGUGCCUCUAAAUCAAAUGGUUUAUAUCUCAUCAAUUAAAUUAUCAAAAUAAGAAUAAAUUCACAUAAAAGUUAGAUUUAAAGCAGUUACUAUAACUAAACUAGAUUGUAAUUCACACGAUUCAACAAAUAGAUGUAGUGCACGGUUCAACGAUAUUCAUAGAUUUAAAUGCAUAAUAUUAAUAUUUAGCUUUUUUAGCACUAGUAAAAGUCGCUUUUUGGCAAUUUUUUAGGAUAGUUUUAACGUUUCGAUUUUAACGGUAAGUAAAUUAUUUCAGAUUAUCUAUCUUCUUUUCAGAGAUUCCCUUAUAAGUAAAUGCUAGAUUUCGUGAUUCUCUGCCUUAGGAUAAUAAUGUAGCUAAUAAUUAAGCGAAAUUUAUUUACGGGGACCACCUCCUGAACAGGAGUGAUCUGAAUUUUGAAUAGGGUUGAAAUUUAGGACGAAAGCUUCUGCUGCUUUCUGUAACUAUUCUACGAGGUAAGACUUUCUGAAUAACUUAGCUUUAAUCCGAUGGUGAAUGCCUGGCUUAUAUUGAGAGAGAGAGAGUUGUGAAUCGAUGAUAAGGUUUCGUUAAGUUCUUGUAGUCUUCUUAGGUUCUUCUUAUCUAUACAAUGUGUAAAAUGGGGAAAUUUACACAACUAUUUCUAAGUCAUCGCACAUCAGAAGCUUCGACCAAGUUAUGCAAAACGCACAAACAGGACUAGUUAGGAAUCUAUCGUGUAAUUUUUUGCCACUUUAAAACGUGUUGGUGCAAUAAUAAAUUUACUAGGCGCGGAAUGUACUACAAUUAAGGGGAAGAAUUGAAGUAUAGAUCGCGCCGACCUCUCUUCGGGUAUCUUUAUACUGGAGUUACUUAUUGUAUCUUAAACUAAUGCUCACAUCAACAAAUGUAUUUCGUACACUGUGCUAGUUAUAAACUACUGACAA